AUGGAUAUGUCGAAGAAACCGAGGGCAAGGGCAAGAGCAACUCCGCCAGCGUUUGUUGCGAAAACGUACAUGAUUGUGAGUGAUCACACAACCGAUGAAGUGGUUUCAUGGAAUAAAGACGGGCUUAGCUUUAUAGUUUGGAAUACAACUGAAUUCGCCCAAAAAAUCCUUCCAAAGUACUUUAAACACAACAAUUUCGCAAACUUCACCAAUCAACUCAACAAUUACGGGUUUAAAAAGAUCAGAAAUGAUAGGUGUGAAUUUAUGAAUGAUCUUUUCCAGAAAGAAAAGCAUCGUCGUCUUUAUGAUAUACAGAGGAAUCAAAAGAAUUCGAUGAUGAAUUUCUCUGUUUCACAUCCGACAGUAGUUGAUUUGCAGACUGCAAAAGGAUCUUCUUCUGUCGAAGAACAAGACAAUUCUCAGGAGAAUGAAAAACUGAAGAAACAUAUCAAUGAUUUAAACACGGAACCUAAGGAUUUUAAUAAUUCGGUGGUGGUGGGAAGCAGCCUAAAACCGAUUUCAUCAACUAUGUUGUCGGAAAAUUAUCAGGUGGGGGAGACAUCCAACACGAUUCCGAUGAAGAUUGACGACGAGCCAAACACUAAACUAUUUGGAAUUUAUAUCGGUGGAAAAAAGGCUAAGAAGAAUGAAGAUGAAGAAACAUCGACACAUUAUGAAGAACAUUUUGGAGAGUUGAAGCUGUACCGGAGAGCAGGGAAAAAGAAAUGUUAUCCGUUCCAUAAAAUUGUCGGUGGUUAUGCCUGGUAA